CAGGGUUGAAUGGAAAAUCAAUAUCCUUCUGCACUGAUAAGCAGGGUCCAAUUUGUUAUCAGUUAUCUAUCUGCGUGGUUGAUCCGCAGAUGACCUACUUUGUUUUCCAGACACAAUUCAACCAAGCGGACAGACGUAAAGCAGAUCCUAGCCGCAGGGGAAAAGCGCGCCUUUGCAAAAAGGUAAGUUUGUGUUGAGACGUUCGCAAUGAUGCAGAACGCACCCUACUUUCAGUUUGAAGCUGUCCGUCAUGGUCUCCUAGUGGAUACGGAGUCUUUCCCGUGGUUGAUACGCUUCGGCUGAGGCAAUGUGAAUAUUGUUUAUAAACAUCAGAGAGAGAUGACCCAUAUAUUGAGGUGUAAAGAACCAUGGAUACUAUCCAAAGGUUUUCAUGGUUUUAAAAGUCUCAGCAAAGGGGAAAGACUUCAGAUGCUGGAGCCCCCAACUCCCCUGUAUAUUGGCCUUUGUGUACCUGUUCUGUGAUAUAAACUAGAACUGUGCAAAUGUGUACAGAUAUAUCUCGAAAAAAAAAAAAGGACUGAUGUUUAAAUUUCGUGUUACACUUAGGGAAAGGUGUAAAUUAAACUUAAGUACAGUUACUAUACAGAGUAUGAAUUUUAACUGAUUUUAAGGUCACUCUUAUUGAAUCUGAAUUAUUAUUCUAUGCCAAUCACGGUUGUAUCCCAGUGUCCCUAAUCUAAAGUGUUCACUUCCCAGAGUAGAUUCACCAUCACCACCCACGCAAGGGCUGACAGAGUCUGAGAGACCAUUAGAAACAAAAGACUAGUUGUACUCAUUUUGAUGGGUAUUCCCCUCAGUAGUGAUGUAGACAGGAAUUUUAUUUUUUAGCCAUGGUGAAAAAUUAUAUGUUAUUCAUGAGUUGUUAGGAUUCUCUGAUAAGUCGUAUUUGAAAAAUCACGAAAUGAUAUUUGAUAUCUGUAUUGUAAAAAGUCAAUAUUGAGAAUGUUGGUGAAGUAUAGUGUGAAAACUAGAUAAUAUGUACAUGCAUGCAUUGGUGUGGUUUAAUUUAAUCUAAAGUAUAUCAUAUUUUUAUAUAUAUAACUUUUAUUAACUUACCUGAAGGCAUAAGUGAGCAUUUCUGAACAAAAUCUGUCCAUUGUCAUGGCUAUAACUUAAAUGUUUUUUGAAAGUUUAGACAGAAUUGCCACUUAAAGCCGUGUCUUGAUUGGAGAGGAUUUAAUUCUUCAGAGGGAGAAAAUAAUUUAGGAAAUAGGGUAGUGUAUUUCAAAUCAUUUCUAAAAACCACAAAAUUUGAACGUAACAAGCAUAUAUGAGCAUCUAGAACUUGCAGAAAUGCUUUAUAUAUAGUAAAUUUAUUCAAGUUCAUUCAAACCAUGACCCCUGGGUCAGGGCCACAAUAGUGCAAAAUGAAGUUUGUUCAAACCAUGACCUCUGGAGCAAGAGUAGUGCAAUAAUAAGGAAUUGAAAGUUUUACAUAUGAUUCUAUUACAGUAAAAUUCUUUGGAAAAACCCCCCAAAACAAACCAUUUUAUCAAUUUGAUAUACAAACUACAGCAUCCUCAUGUAAUGUAGAUUCAAAUCUGUUUAAACCCUGACUCUGGGGGACAGUAUGAGGCAACAAUCUGUUUAAACCAUGGCCCUGGGGCAACGGUAUGAGGCAACAAUUUGGGAUUAAAUUUUUGCACAGGAAUGAAUAGAAAAAAAUCAUCCUAGCAAGCACUAGAAAGGUAAAUAUUGUUGAAUAAUUAUACAAGAAUCUCAUGUAAGCAAUGUAGUUUGUUCAAAACUAUUGUAAUGGGGUCUGGUUGGGACAUUAUUAAUAGGGACUGAGUGAGACCAUAAAUAGGGACUUGUUGGGAUCACUGAUAGGGACUUGUGGGGAUCACUGAUUGGGACCACAAAUAGGGACUUGUUGGGAUCACUGAUUGGGACCACAAAUAGGGAUUUGUGGGGGAUCACUAAUAGGGACUUGUGGGGAUCACUAACAGGGACUUGUGGGGACCACUUAUAGGGACGGAGUGAGACUUUUAAUAGGAACAGGUUAGGACCACUAAUAGGGACUUAUGUGACCACCAAUAGGGACUUGUGGGGACCACCAAUAGGGGUCGGUUGAGACAAUUAAUAGGAAAUGGUUGGAAGCACUAAUAGGGACUGGAUGGGAUCACUAAUUGAGACUUGUGGGGACCACCAAUAGGGGUUGGUUGAGACCAUAAUGGGGGUAAAUAAAAGCUAUAUACAGUGUAUAUGAGUAUGGAUAAAGUUGUCUUAAGAAUAUUAAGGGUAGUACAGUGUGGUAGAUUAUUAAGGGUAGUACAGUGUGGUAGAUUAUUAAGGGUGGUACAGUGUGGUAGAUUAUUAAGGGUAGUACAGUGUGGUAGAUUAUUAAGGGUGGUACAGUGUGGUAGAUUAUUAAGGGUGGUACAGUGUGGUAGAUUAUUAAGGGUAGUACAGUGUGGUAGAUUAUUAAGGGUAGUACAGUGUGGUAGAUUAUUAAGGGUGGUACAGUGUGGUAGAUUAUUAAGGGUGGUACAGUGUGGUAGAUUAUUAAGGGUAGUACAGUGUGGUAGAUUAUUAAGGGUGGUACAGUGUGGUAGAUUAUUAAGGGUAGUACAGUGGUAGAUUAUUAAGGGUAGUACAGUGUGGUAGAUUAUUAAGGGUGGUACAGUGUGGUAGAUUAUUAAGGGUAGUACAGUGUGGUAGAUUAUUAAGGGUAGUACAGUGGUAGAUUAUUAAGGGUAGUACAGUGGUAGAUUAUUAAGGGUAGUACAGUGUGGUAGAUUAUUAAGGGUAGUACAGUUUGGUAGAUUAUUAAGGGUAGUACAGUGUGGUAGAUUAUCAAGGGUAGUACAGUGUGGUAGAUUAUUAAGGGUAGUACAGUGGUAGAUUAUUGAGGGUAGUACAGUGUGGUAGAUUAUUAAGGGUGGUAGUGUGGUAGAUUAUUAAGGGUAGUACAGUGUGGUAGAUUAUUAAGGGUAGUACAGUGGUAGAUUAUUAAGGGUAGUACAGUGUGGUAGAUUAUUAAGGGUAGUACAGUGUGGUAGAUUAUUAAGGGUGGUACAAUGUGGUAGAUUAUUCAUGUAAGCAUGCUCAUGUAGUGGUGAUUUUUUAGUGAUUUUAAACUAUGGCUCUGGGUCCAGAACAUGGCAACAUUAGGGGUUCAUUAUCCAACAUAGGAAAGUUUAGAAAAAUUAUUCUUAUAUUUUCUCGACAAAACUGCAAGAGUACAAGUGUGGUUUGUUGUUACAGCCAAGAAUUUUUGGUAAUUUUAGAUAUGUAUCAUAUCGAUAUUAAAGUAAGUUUUUGCAGCAGUCCACUCACCAGGAACUUCAGAGUCGAAGGCCAGCAUUUUAAAAAUUGUUUUAAUGCAUAUACAAACCCUCCUACCAUAAUUUUAAGUUUUCAGGGGAAACAAUUAUUGGGACAUUUAAAACAUUUGAGUGCUAUCAUGAUAAAAUGCAUCACCUCUAACAAAACAGCCCGUGUCAAGGGUUCUCAGGGCAGGGCUCUAUGGCUCAUAGUUAAAGUGUUUCUGCUUUUUAAAAUCUUCUUGACUCCUAGACAUCAGACAAACAAACUGAGAACAUAGACCUCCUGUUUAUGUUUAGUAAACCUGGAAAAAAAAUUGACUGAAGAAUGGUGUAUAAGAUUUAAUAUUUCAGAUCCAAACUUGGUGGUAAUCAAGUUUUGAAAUGUGAGAUAUUCCAUAGUUGUGAAAAAUUAUCAUAUCACAACAUGACAGAAGUAUUAAUUGUGAUGAAUACAAUCAGUGUGCACCCAUUUUUUCACAGAUCCAGGAAGUACGUAGUAGUGACAGGGGUUGGAGAAUUACUCAUGCUUCCUCUUCUAAGUGAUAAAUGUGGGUACCACAUAUAGCAUUGAUGUACAGCAUUACAAGAGUAAUGAAAGAGGAACUGUGGUGUGGAAUGCUCACUGUGAAAGUGGCAGACCUGGCUUGGGGGUGAUUCAUGAAACAUGUCUCCAGAAUUUGGAUGUAGUAUCAUUUGGUGUUGGGAACAAAUUUCCAGGUCCCCGAUUCCCAAAGGGUGGAAAAAUUUGGCUAAAACCUUGAAAAAUUAUGCAAAAUUUGAAAAUCUUUUUUACCCCAUAACAUUUAGCAGAAAAUAUGUGCUUUGUGACAUUUGGCAAGGAGGCCUCUGCCAAAUUGUGAAUUUCAGGACCCAGUCAGAGGUUCUUAUGCUAAGGCAGAGCUGUUAUGACUUGUAUGGGGGAAAAUGCAUUAUUUCUAAAGAUUCAAGAUGCUUUUGAUUCAUAGGCACCACACAACCAAAUUGAGUUACAAUUAGCAUCUAGAGCAAAGGCAUUACCAAAAUGUCCAUUGGUCAAGGGUUGAGGUCUAAGGUCAGGGUUGUAAAUGUUGUUGAAAUUGGUAUUUCUAACUUGUGAUGCCUGGAAGUUUGGAUGGUAAUCUAAUAGCUAUGUCUAGUCAGCUGUGUGUAUUUCUGUCAUUCCUUCAUGUUUUGUGUCGAGCCAAAACUUUGUAACUGAGAGACAUUGAAAGGUCACAUUUAUCAAAAAAGUUAUAUUAGAGGUCCAUACUAGGUACAAAGUUUUGACAUGACUAGGCUCUGUGUCUAACGAUGAUUUAGAACAGACACCUGAAAAAUCGGAUAUGGAUGGAAAUUAAAGGAUAUGUACAGUAAUAUUUUGAAUUGAAAUGUUUCAGAUUUACUUUAUUUUGCUUUUAAAAAUGCAGUUUUAGUAGAAAGUAAUUUGAAGAAAAAAAUUAAAACCCCUGCUAGACUCAAACACAUGAACUACAAAUCAGCUGUUGGCAUGUUAGUCUACUGAGCUAGACAAUGAGAUUGUAAAGGAAUAUACAUAUAUUACUGAUAUUCAUUACUUUAAUUCAAUAGUGUAGACAAUUAGAUUGUAAAGGAAUAUACAUAUAUUACUGAUAUUCAUUACUUUAAUUCAAUAGUGUAGACAAUUAGAUUGUAAAGGAAUAUACAUAUAUUACUGCUAUUAAUUACUUUAAUUCAAUAGUGUAGACAAUUAGAUUGUAAAGGAAUAUACAUAUAUUACUGAUAUUAAUUACUUUAAUUCAAUAGUGUAGACAAUUAGAUUGUAAAGGAAUAUACAUAUAUUACUGAUAUUAAUUACUUUAAUUCUAUAGUCUAGACAAUUAGAUUGUAAACGAAUAUACAUAUAUUACUGAUAUUCAUUACUUUAAUUCAAGUUUCAAGUCGGCCAUUGUGACGAUGUAGUAUUCCUCCUUAAGUUUAGAUUAAUUGGCGAAGUUCAAGGUCACUGUAAAAAAGGAGAUGGGAAUAUUUCUCCCAAGUCAUAAAUUUGUAAGUGUGAGACGGUCUGGUUUGAUUGAUUAUACAUGUUGUUUUAUGUAAAUUUUGCAAUAUUUCAAGUCAUAUUUGAGAGAUGGUAGAAGCUUAUAUUUGGCACAAAGAUUUUGUAUGAUCAGAGGCCGUCAAGUAUGGUCAUAUAGCAAAGACCAAAAAUAAAAUAAAAAGGUCCCUGAAUUUUGUAAUGGAGAAAAAUAAAGACUUUCGGUCAUAAAUUAUGACAUACACUCUCCGAGCUUGAAAAGUGCACCCAUUUACCAUUAACAAACACUACAAAUUUAAGUUUUGUAAUGGCUGAUGCUCAGGUGACUGUUAAGGCCCAUGAACCUCUUGUUCUUGAGAUUUAGGUGACUCAGGUCAGCAUUGCUAAUCAUAGUGUUGUUAUCACAUUUUUAGAUGUUGGAGAAUAAGUUAUGAGGGUGAAUGAGGUGCUCUUAUUUCUGUAUUGUUCCCUUUCAUAAGAGAAAGAUAAAAUCAGCAUGCCUAGUUUAUUCAAUUACAAAUUAAUUAUUUCAUCAAAAGAUAACUUUUUCUUUGAAGGAAGCAGUUUUAUAUCAGGUGAUUUCAUGUUUCUGCAUGUAAAUGAAAUUUCUGCUGUUGUUUGUUUCAUGCACCAGUGAAUAUAGGGGGUUGAGAACAUUGUGCUCAUUAGGCAUAAAUCGUCAGGGGGUCGUAAUAUCGCGCAUCGUUGAAGAUUUAAUCUCUGAAAGGCUUCAUAUGCAAGUCAUGCAGAAAGGCUUUCCAGUCCGUUAAAGUUUGUCUUUACGCAUCCUUGCUCUCUAAUCUUAACAUGUGUGCUCAUGCAUGAAUAAUCAAAAGAAAUGAAAAAUAAGUUUUUCCAGAUUUUCUGACAAAAAGGAAUGUGAACUGCUGUUUGAAGAUUAAUGCUCUUGUGUAUAUUUUACAUACAUGAGAACGGUCUUUCGCUUGCAGCAUUUGCUCAUUGACAAAAACAUGGCUGUAAAGAAAGAUCCAGGUCUAUGUGAUAUUGAAAAGGGUUAAGAAAUUAUUCACGAUACUGUUAUGGAAUUGGAAUGUCAUGCUGAAUUUGAAAUAUUUGAAAAUUCUGUGUAAUUCUUCAUCCUUUUGGUUUUGCCUGGAUUGCAGGAAGCCAUGUGAAAAGGAAUGGAGCUGCCAAGACAAUGAUGUUGGUGGCUCUUUGUAGAUCAUCCAGGUGUAGUUUUCAUACUGAUGCUGGGUUUCCAUUUCAGUCAGCUUUUGAUUCACCUUACUCUGCCUGGCAGAUGAAUGCAUUUGAUUUGAAACUUGAGACAAGCAGAAAUGUAAUUCUCCAGGACAUCUAAUGAUAAAUGUUAACAGAAUCUAUUGAUACACUUUAGAUGUCUGGCAGCUUCAGUGAUUGGUUUUAUUGGACUUAAAUUAAAAUAUACUGUCACUACAUGAUCUUGGUGUGUCCCCACUGAUUUGUGGAUAAGUAAAUGUCCUUGGUUGGUAUAAGGCCAGAUCUGUUAUAUGCAGUGUUCUGCUUUAUUCACUUUGACUUGGCAGUAGUUACCAUGGUCAUUGUACCUCCACCUUCCACCCCUUAUAAAAUCAAAUUUCUCCCACCCCUUAUAAAAUCAAAUUUCUCCCAUCCCUUAUAAAAUCAAAUUUCAGCUCCUUUUAACAAUGUACAUUACCAUUGCAAAAUGAUAAUGUGCUGCCCAUCUCUAGUACAAUGAUUAAUAGCUCACAUGGACCUAAAGCUUGUUCUGAUUAAAAGGAUUCUGUCUGUCAGUAAAUUUUCCUGAUUUUGUGCUAUCUUCAUCAAAUCUGGAACAAAGUCUGCUUAAUAAAAGGAAAAAUUUGUUCAAUAAAGGGUCAUAUCUCAUCAUAGUUUAAUGGCACUUAAAUUUAUACAUAUUUUUUUUUCUAAAAUGAUAAAAAUGAAAACUGAAUUGAUGUUUUUAUAAGUAAAAUGAAUACAUUUUUACCAAUGGGAUGUAAUUUAUAAUUUCCAUGAUUUCUCAACAAAGUCCAAAACAGUGGGGAAAUUUUGUAUAGAGUUUAUAUAAGGAGGGGUACUCAGUAUAUUUCAACUUUUGAACAUCAUAGAAAAUUUGUGUGUCCCUUAAUUUUCAGGAAUUUUUAUAAUGUACUUAAUGCAAUCAAACUAAGCCAGAAAUAUAGCUAUGAACCAAUUCAUCCAUUAUUUUUCGUUUUUAUCAAAACUUGUGAAAUUAGAAUGGAAAUACGGGAGAUUCGUUUUUAGUCUUCAACUAUGGGAUUAGGUGUGAAAGCAUCCUUUAUUUGCUGCAAUUUCAAAUUUGUUAAGAGAAAUAUUUCUGGGUUGCAGAAGAUGUCUGAAUUUCUUCUAAAAGCAUUUAUUACACAGAAAAAAAUUUAUUCUUUGGUAGUGAUGGCAAUUUUAUUUUCAUAAACCAAUAUACAAAAGGAAUAGAGAAAUGAUUGAUAAAUUAAUAAUGGAAUAAAUCAGGUUUGAUGUUAAAUUGAGAUUUAUCAUAAGUUUGUUUAUAAACCAUCAACAUUUUUCUAAGAAAACAAGUCAAGGUGUUGAUGAAUUGAUAUUGAAUCAUGAAGUUUGGAUUGAAGUUUGUUAAAUUUAGAAUGAUCCCCUUUGAAGGCCAGUGUAAAAAGAGGUCCAAAAUGUAUAAAUGAUAUUAAAUUAUUUAAGAAGGAGCAACUCAGGUGAGCAAUGUGACCCACAGGCCUCAUGAUUUUUUGUUAUAAUAAUAUUUGACCUACUUUUUGGUAUCAUAAACUUAUGAAAUAGUUCUAUGUAUAUGUAUCAUAUGGUAUAGCAUCCAAGAAAUCACGAACAAAAAUCAAUGAUUCACUGUCAAACCUGAUGAUCUGCUUGCUGGAAGCUUAUCUCAGUAAGUUAAUGAAGCACGGAAAAUAAAAACUUCUGAUGAUGCGACAGACCAGAAGUUUAAUGACCAGAUUCUGUGAGUUCGGGCCACGGUUUGUUGGCGUAUUGGUCUCCAGCCUCUUCAGCCUCGGCUCCAUUCUAAGUUAUAAUGCAGGGUGUAUGGACGUCGUAGGUCCAUCAUGUCGCUUGUUAAGUUGAUGGUGGACAUUAAAAAGUCUCUUUUGAGUGACAUCUCAGACAUUUUAUUUCCUUAGUUUUCAAACUACUUCUCAAGUUUUGAAGUAUUGUCUGUAUUGGUACUGAACAUGAACCCUGAGAAAAAAACCCAUUUCUUUUAAUAAGCUUUAGUGGGAGAUGAAGGCAGAAGAAGGGAAAAAGUAUUUUCCUUUAGAGAGACGAUUCCUAUAUAUUGUAUUUGUAUUACAAUCUCCUUUGGAUCUCCCUUUAUCCCAAUUUAAAAGCAACGGCAUUCAUUGUGAUUUUUAUUACAGCACAAGAAACUCCAUUCCUCAGUAACUGAAAAAAGUAUUCAAUAGAGUUUAUUUUGACUGUGAAAAAAAAGGCUUGUUGCUAUUUUGCAAUAUGUGACAAAAAAAGAAUACGUGGAUUACAUGUAUUGGAUUUGUUGGGGAGGCAUUCCUGGUGCGCUACGCACUACAAUGAUUGAUCCUUAUCGGGUCAUUAAUCUUGCAUUAUUGUGCGUUAUGGUUAAAUGCAUUUUUGUUGGAUUUACAAGGAGAUUUAAAGCACUAUUGACCACGUGAGACUGAUAAAGGAAAUCAAUUAAGUCCUCAAAAUUGCAGUGUUCUGCCAGUGACAGUGAAUGUUAGCUGUUAUCUUUUGUGGGCAAAUGUAGUCAGGGACCAUGGCUGUGAUAAAAGGAAUGCUCUGACAUUUUAUUAUACUCCCUCUUCACCUGAAUUUUUAAAGUAAAAAUAAAAAGAAACCCAGUUUGUGCUCAAUCCUUUUCCACUACUGGCAAUUUGAAUAAGUAGAGAAAGUGUGGCAAGUCAGUAUGUGAAACGGUAAGAUACAUGUAGCUGUCCAAUCCCUAACUCAUUUCCUUCUUGUUUACGAUUUUAUUUUAUUUUUUUAGAAUUCUGAAUUACAACAAGACUGGUUAUAGUGAUUUUCUGCUUGAAAUGAUCGAGGUAUAAUUUGAUCCCUGUCCAUAUAAGGCAUUGGAUAUAACAAGAUUUCUUCUCCUCAUGGUUGAUCACACUUGACAAUGCCUAGGUAGAUGUCAAACAUACUACUAUAGUGAAGGAAAUCAUUUUGUGAAGGUGUUCAAAACAUUUUGAGUUGAAGCUUCAAUGGAGAGAAAAUCAUUUCCUUAAAAACCUAAAAAAAAUUAAUUUGUUCAGUGAAAUUUUAAAUGAUUUUUGUGUCAUUUGAAGAACUUUAGGAACAAAUUUGAAAGAACUGAAAAGAAAAGGUGUAAAAGAUUAUGUUUCAAACAAGACAGAAAAUUCUUUAAUAUGAAAAAUGUUCCAAAUCCUGAUCUUCAGCAUUUGAAUUACAAUUAGAUUUGGCUUGUCGAUAUUUACAGAGGAUUUCUCAUGCUUCAGAUACAGUCCAACAUGCUCAUGAUAAGUAGAAGCUGUACAUUAUGAAGAUGCUAUGGUUAUGGAUACAAAGAAUUAUUUUCAAGGGUCUUUGAGUUCCUCUCGUUGCAAGACAGUCCACAGUCGGACCACUGUAUGUCAAAUUUACUGUACAGAGCUGUGUUAGAAUAUUAUAUUUUUCAAGUCUAUUCUCCGCUUAGUUCUUGUAGUCAUAUUACAUAUUAAUUUGUUUCUAUUGGGUUCAAUGUAUUUUUGUCACUACCGUCACUAUUUGUUUAAUCUGAAUUUUAUCCUUAGAGAAUUUGAUUUUAUCUGUAUGUAUAAGUGCUACUUCUACUUCAGAACUGUGAAUCUAUGAAAACAUGUUAUUCAUGCAUGUACUGAAAAUCUGUAUUCUAAAAAAAGUCAUAUAAAAGAUGAAUGAAAUAUUGGCUUCAAAUGAUAAUUUUUCAAAAUUUUAAUUUAUAAAGAAAAAUGGUUUUGCAUUCAUGAUUUUCAUCUCUCUUUUUUUGUGUAAAGGAAAAGUGUGCCGUUAAUUUUUAUGGAUUUAGUUGUAAGGGAGAAAAAAAUAAUAAGGCCCUGGCAAACACAGUUAUUAGCGUAAAUUAUAGAUUUGCCUUGUCAAGACACACAGCUGCAAGCAUGAGUGCCGCAGAUUCAAAUUACGCACACAGUUUCCACUCCACCGAUUUUUCUGAUUGGGUGAGUUUGAAAAGCCAAGUUUCUGGCAAGCUGUUAUUGCCAGAGAGCAACCAUGCAUAGCAGCUGUUAAUUCAUUGCAUUUUAUAUUUAGCUGGUAUAACUAAAACAAACUCUGAAUAAAGACCUGCAGUUCUGGAAAUUUUGUUUGUAUUGUACGCAUUCACCUUAUUUUGAGGUUUAAAAUUUUUUCCCAAGGUUUUGAUAUACUAGGAAUUUGUGAACUUGGCAGAAUUACUGUCAUGCUCCUUGCUGCAUUCGACUUAGAGUGUGAGGUAUUGAUUUUGUGAAGAGAACACACUGUAUUGAGUUACUGUGAAUUUUUAGUAUUUUAAGGAAAUAACAGUGCAUCGGGUGUAGAAGUGUGAGGAAAUUGAAAGCUUUGAUGUUGGACAAGGAAGCCUAAGAACAAAGAUCUGUGCCAUGUUGAUUGAGGAAACGCCCUAACUCCCCUAAUACCUGAGUAAUUUCCCCUGAUGAAACAAGAGUUACAUACCCAGAUGGUUGAUUUGCCAUGAUGACAGCAGAAGUUAUCAACAUUCAAGUCAAACAGGAAACUGCAGAUAGCAACCACCAGAACACGACCUCCAACAAGGUCACAGAGCCGGAGGAGAAUGGUGUGCAGGUAUCCGAGGAAUCCACUUCCCAGGAGUCAGCACCACCAGCGGUGUUCGUACAAGCAGCCACUACUUUGGACAGCGGCAGUGUCAGUGCCAGUGAGCAGUUACAGCGCAUGAUUCAACAGCAGUAUCUAGUCAACCUCAUUCAAUUUCAGCAGUCUAUGCUGCAGACUGGGCAGGCUAUGCAGCACCACCAGAGUUUACUCUCAGCCAUAGACUUCACCAAACUGAAUCAGGACACGACAGUGACGUCUGAAGCCACCACCACUCAGGUUCACAAUGAAGCAAUCGACAAAGAGAAGAAACAGGGCAAGGUCAACAUUGAGGGCCUGCUGGAUAUUGGGUCGGACUCUGAGACCACUGAAAAUGGGGACGGAGUCCUAGGAGAGGGAGGUGAUGACAUGGCAAAGGGAUGCAAGGACAGGAUCAGACAUUCUGUUGGUGGAAGAAAUAUAAACCAAUAUGGAAGAGAAUUUACAAAUGGACGGCCACUUCCUGACCAUUUAAGAGUUCAGAUUCUACAACUAGCCUUACAAGGAAUUCGCCCCUGUGAAAUCAGCAGGCAGCUACAGGUGUCUCAUGGAUGCGUCAGCAAGAUCCUUAACAGAUACAGGAAGACGGGAAGCAUCAACCCAGGUCAGAUAGGAGGAAGUAAACCCAAGGUCACGACCCCAGAUGUCGUGAACCGUGUCCGACAGUACAAACUAGAAAAUCCACAAAUGUUUGCUUGGGAAAUUAGGCAGAAGCUACUAGCAGAUGGGAUUUGUAAUGAGAAAAAUAUCCCCUCCAUAAGUUCAAUAAACAGAAUUAUCCGCGAUAAAGCCAUUCUUCAGAGACGCUGCAUUGAGGGAAUUCCAGUUGUUGACUCAGAUGAUGGUGAAACAGACGAACUAACAAUUGAUCCAGAACACUUGAAGCAUUUCAUGAUUGUACCAAAUCUGACUUCUAAUGCAACAGACAGUCAGUCUGUCAUCCCCAUUCAGGCUCUCUCCAGUAUCUCUGCAGAUAGUCCCCAAACGGUUGUCAUACCAUCAGUGAGCAUGCCCAGUCAGAGUUCAGUCACAUCUGUUUCCCCAAAUUCUCCGACUUCUACAGUUGUUACAUACCAGGUGACAUCAUCUACAGAGCCAGCAUCUGUCACACAAAUAAAUUCAGAGAAAUGCCCAGAAACAGAGGCAUAUGACAUUGACAAAGAACAAGAAACAGCAGUGUCCUUCAUACAGGAAUCCUCCAGUGAUGAUGGAGACUCUUCAAAAGGUCAUGAUAUCAAGAUCAUUCAGUUAGAUUAUAACAAUGAUGAACAAAUUAAAGCUGGAUCUGGUUCAGAGAAGACGGAUGUGACGACAGCUGACACAAGCAGGCAGAACAACCUGCAGGCAGUUUUGUCCCAUUUGAUAUCUACACAAGCUACCACUAUCUUGAGAGAGGAGGACCCUAAACAGUUCACAGAGGCAAAGAAAAAAUCUCCACAGGUCUCCCCACCUUUGACCAAAGCGGACAUGCCUCCUCCUUACAGUGUAGCAGUAGGACCGCUAUAUACAACCAUUCCAAUGUACAGCCCAUCUAUUAUGAAAUCAUCGCCACCAAUUACAACACCCACUAGUACUAAACAGAUAAAGGGGAAAUCCAAGGCGGUCAAGUCAGAAAACAAAGAAAGUGGGGAACAUCAAGGAAGAAAAUCCAGAUCCCAGCAGAAUUCCACAUCAGCAGCUUUUAUACCCGGAUCUGGAUUCUAUGAUUACACUCUACCAGACAGAGGAUUAGGAACAGGUCAACCUACUACCAGCAGAACAUCCCCUCCCCAGGCUGGUAAAAUGAGCGCUGGAUGGCCCUUUUCACAGUCACCAAUUCAGCUUCCUAUACCCAGUCCAACUUCAUCAGAGAAGAGUCGCACUUCACCGCUGGACCUGUCAUCUACCCCUCAAAAAGAGGUUCAAAGGUCACCUGUUGCAAGUGGAGAGAAAACAGACCCAGUGACCAGUUCCUUAAAAGUGCCUCCACCGGCUGAUCAAACAAAGAAACAGAUUAUUGCAGAAAUCAAAACAGCUGCAGAGGAGAAGCAAAUAUUUGAUAGAACGCCGAUAGCUCACUAUGACAAAAAUGUCCUGAUCUUUGGAGAAAAUGCGGUUGAGAUCAUUUCUGUUGGAAACAACAAGUGGAUUGUGAGAAAUGAAGAGGAACUGUGUCAUGUUGCUACAGGAGAAGUUAUGAAGAAAAAAUCAGGAGAAACUUCUCCAACAAUGCAGGUGAAAAGACUGUCCACAGAAAGUGCUAGUGAUGGUAGCAUGUUGAAGGUUCCAAAAAUCAAUGUAGCCGAUUCACUGAAAACAACAGGUGCUAAAAAAUCUCCACAGACAGUUGUCAAUGGUGCAAAUAUCAAAGGCACCGCCAAAGUGGAUGGAAGUGGAGAACAUGUGGAUGACAAUAGAAAUAACUGUCCAGUACUACAAAAAAUGUUGAAACCAAUUGAUGGAAAUUUUAAAAUGGGGCAUGUACACUCAAGACGCAGAAAGGAGAAAAAUCUCAAAAGCCUAAAGGAUGAUUAUUCAGAGUAUGUAAUCAGUGCCUUGGAAUGUCAUAACCCAGAGGUGUUAUAUCACAAAAAGAAGAUGAACCGACUCUCCAUGCAGGAAUUAGAAAGUUACCGAAUUAAUAAACAGGUACAGAAAGGACUAAAUCGAAUGUCUGCCGACAUAGAAAGACUGGGUAGAAACUCUGCAAGAAAUGAGGUUCAGUGGGAAAAAUCUAUGUCUUUGAAUCGGAAUCUCAACAAGUAUCAAGGUUCUUUGGACCGAGUUUCGGAAUCUUUCAGUUAUGAAAAGCUCGAUGUAGAUGAUCACCCGGCUUUAACAAAGUUACAAAAUGAACAAAACCGGCGCCUUGAGAAAAUGGAAGAACGAAUGAAUCGAAUUCGAACUCAUGCAAUGCAAGAAGCAGAGAGACGAAAGUUUGCCAUAAUGUUCAGAGCUAAGACUCAACCAAGUUCACUGGACGUUAAUAAAAACGAAGAACUCUUGCCAAAUGAAAAUGAAACUACUCUGCCAUGUGAAAAAGACUUGGAAAAGAAAUGUUGUGAUAAAAAGUUAGAUGACAGUGGUGAUAUUAUUCCUGUCACUGUUGUGAAAGACUUGGGAGUAAAGGUCUCCAAUGGUACACCAGUGAAUUCUGACAAAGAGAAAUCUAUGGUAGCAAGGAAUACAUUUUUGCCUAAUAUGCCAGCCCUGAACAACUUAGAUCUGAGUGAUCCCAAAUCAUAUCUCAUGCUUCCAUUUCUCUUGCCGAUUUUUGUCAUUUUGAUGAUUGUGAAAAGACUCCAAGAGGUACAGAACUCUAACCAUCAGUCACCACAGAAAAAGUAAACCACAGCAUGGCAGACAUCAGCAAAUUAAGGUCCACCAGAAGGUCAAUUAUAACAGGGCAAUAGACAAAGGCAAAAAACAGAUCCGAAAUAUGUAAUUAAUGUACAAAAGAAACAUUUUAUUUUCGUUUUGCUGAAAUGUGAAGCUAUAUUGUCACAAAUGCAUUCACACAAAGAAGAUAUUUCGUCAGUAAAUACAUGAAAUCAUAUUUGUGUUUCAUGGGUCGGGCUGUAGUAAAAUUGCUUUGAUAUUAUAACUGUAAAUCUGUGAUGCUAAUAUUCAAAAAUGUGUAUUGAUGUACAUUGAAGUAAAUAACUCUACAAAACCAUUAUACAUGUCAUAAUACUCAAUCUGCUAUAAAUGUCAAUAUCGGUAUAUUUUAUUAUUCCAGUUUGUGUAUGUACAUAUUAUAUGUACUUGUAUUUUGUAUUGCAACUUUGAGAGAUGACAAAAGCAAUGAUUUUUUGUUUCAUAUUUCUUUACUGCAGAUUUUUUAAAUUGGUAUUUACUUCAUUAUUUUGGAUAAUUUCUAAUUUCAAAAGCCACAGCUACCUUAGUACAAUCACACCUGAAGAGAUUACUAGUUAACUAUUUCAGAAGAAAGAUUGAGAUUUUGUAUUCUUUUUUCUUUCUUUAAAAGAAAUUUUGUUUUUAAUGUUUUAUGGAAAUCCUUUCACUACUCAGGCAUCAAUAUUUUACAUAUGUGUAUAAUGAUGUAAUAUGUCUAUCAAUGCAGCUUCCAUAUUGCAUUUAUUGAAAGCUCUGAAUGAUUUUUUUAAAAAUCAUGCUGGUAUGAAUACUAAAUGUUGAGCAAUCAAAGAACUGUUUGCUAAUAUUAAAAAUUCAUUUUGAGCUUAUAUUUACAUUCUGUUUACAUGUGAUGUUUAGAAAUAGUUGUUGUAAAUUUCAGUUUCAGGAAAUAUUAGUAAUCAUCAUUCAGUUUGGUGUAAAAGCCAUCAAACAACCAUGGCUGCUUUAUUUGAUAUUAAAAGGUUUUUUAGUUUGGCAUAGUGAAGUCCAAAAGCGUUCAAAGUUGUAUGUCACUUGAAUGUUUAACUAAAGAAAUUUCAAAACUGAUGGAAUGUAAAUAUUUAUAAUGUAUCCUAGGUUGCUAAUAAUUAGAAAGAGUGUGGAAUAUUUUGUGCAAUACUUCACCCCUAGUCACUGUGUCACUAGUCAGACAGGUUGGUUCUAUGCACUGUGUGCCAUCUGUAAAUAACUAUGCAGAAGGACGGUUGCCCAUUUGAAGCCAUUUUGGUGUCAAAAAUCAACAAUUCAGUCCCAAUUUUCAUUCAAAAGUUUAUUUUUGUAAAAAUUAUUAUUGAAUCCUCAGACCUAUGUUUUAAAUGCUGUGAUGAAAACAUGUUUUAAAAAGAAAAGCUAUUUUUGAAGAGGAAAAGAAGCAGUUUUGUAUCGAAUACAUUUUUGAGAUAUAACCCUAUAAAAUGAAAUAAGUCUACAUACUAAAAUAGAAGUUGUGCAAAGAAAUAUUGUGAAAAUUUGAAAUAUUGUCCGGAUGAAAAUGUUUAAAAAAUUACAAUUUGUAUAGUUUCAUACAAGUAUAUGAUAUAGGAGCAUGUAUUCCCUUCUCUCAAUUAAAAGAAGACAUUUUUGAUGUUCCAUAAAUGGUGCCCAAUACUUUUUAAUGACAUAAGUACAUAUUCUCAAUGAAAUUUAAUGAAAAAUCUAUAUGCUGUACAUGUGCAUAGUUAUUAAUGGAUGGUAUCGUAAUAUAAAUUAUGCUUGUGCAACAUGCAAAAUAUUUGUUUGAUCUGAAUGAAAUUUAUUUUUAUCAGUGAAAAGUUAAAAAAAAACUGUGAAUGGAACAAAUGUUUGAUAAGUAGAAUAGAUAGCAUUUUGUUGAUGCUGGGAUUUCACUAAUGGAGGACACACACUGAAACAUUUCGUCACUAAGGAAUGAAGAACAUUUUUCUGUUAAAAGUAGUGUAGUAAUCUAAGUUUCAUGUGGACUUUUCAGGUGCUUUAUAGGUCACAGUAUAUAGAGCCGUUUCUACACUUAGCACUUUAUAAAUGUCACCAAAAAUAUAUAGUACAAUGUGUAUGUAAUUAUCACCUGUCAUCUAGUCAAAAUAUCGAAGGUAUUUUCAAGAUUUGCAAUAUUUUAUAAAAAUGGCAAACAAGCUGUAUUUAUUCUAUUUAAUAUUCAUUAUGAUUUCUAUAUGUAAAUGAAGAAUCCCACUAUUAUUUCUUGUAAUCAUCUAUAGGGGCUUUUGUUUGACAUGUGUAUUGUUUGUCUUAUCAGUAUCUAUCUGGAUAUUCCGUAUGCCACUAUGUUAACCUUUUGUCUAUAAGUGUUCAGUUUAUACAAAUUGAAAACAAUAAUAAAAGAUGAGCAUAACGUAAA